GUGAAAUGAGAAAGUGAGAAGAAAGAGACUAAUUAAGAAGAAGUACAAGGGGAGAGAGAACAGCCGGCGACAUUGACUGCUUUUUAAGCUAAUUAAUUGAGACGGCCUGUCCAUCAUUUGAAGAAAUUUAGCAAUUACCUUGAUAUUCAGAGGCCACAACUUCUCUACAUUUUCCACAGGGAAACCAAGAGGGAAGCAGCGUCAACAAGUCUAUGUUUUUUUAAGUUAAGAAAUCACCUUACAAUUAAUCAACCGAAUCUUCGCCAAUCUUACAAAUAAACUUCUUCUCGAUGCCCAAACCUAAAAGUUCUUCACCGCUCUCUGCCUUCCUUCUCUCUUUAAAUUAAGUUGAGUAGCGUUCGUAUUCUACAAAAAUGCCGAAGCAUUUGCAGCGUAACAAGAAUGGUCGUCGUCAAGUCGUCGGAUGUAUACCAUAUCGAUACAAGAAAACCGGGGAAACUUCAUUGCAGGAAAUGGCAAACAUAGAAGUUUUAAUCAUCAGCUCAACAAAAGGCAAGGGAAUGCUGUUUCCAAAGGGACAUUGGAAGUUUGAUGAAACCAAAAAGGAAGGGGCUGCAAGAGAGGCACUGGAGGAAGCUGGAGUUAGAGGAACUUUGGAGCCUGAGUUGGGUAAGUGGGAGUUCAGGAGCAAAACCCGAAACACUUUGUAUGAUGGGUACAUGUUCCCGAUGCUUGUUCAAGAGGAGUUAGAUGAGUGGCCGGAGAAGGAACUCCGUCAAAGAAUUUGGAUGACUGCACGUGAAGCAAGAGUGGUUUGUCAACGGUUGUGGAUGAAGGAAGCCUUGGACAAAUUUUUGGAUCGCCUUGCUUCUCAUCAACAAAAUGUGCAGAAUCAAAGCCCACACCUUUCUAUCGAUAUUGAUUUGGGGAAUGAAAACACUCGGCCUAUUACUCCCCGAUCGACCGAAAAUUUGGGUCACAUGGAAAGGAUGAAAUGGACAUUGGUCCUGACUAGCUUAUUGAUCGAGGGGGUGUCUUCGGCUUUUGAUCAAAUGUCUACUCCAGAAAAGCCACAAUAUGCACUAAUUGCUAUGUUCAUGGCAUUUGUGGGGUUAAUUAUAUUCUUCAUAGAAGUUUGUUUCACAAUGCAAGAAGAAAAUGUUACUUGGAGAAGAAAUGGAAGGAUAUGGUGUUUCUAUUAUCCAAAUGACAGGCUUUUUGGAACAACUGUUGACAACUUUGGAUUGGCUUGUGCAAUCUGGCAAUGUGUGUAUUCAGUAAUUGAGUACGUAUAUACCUAUAAGAAGCAUGAUAAUCCCAUUAAAAUGGCUGUCAUCCCUUUCAUCUUUAUCCUUUGUGUGGCCAUUUCUAGAUUGCGGAGCCAAUUAGGAACUGUCUCCCCUCAUGCUGAGUAGUUUCUAGGAUUGGCAGGGAUUGGUGUAUCUUUAUAUAUCUUCUACUUUUUUUUUUUGUAUAGCCUUUUAUUUAUUGAAAGUUGGAGAUGGUGCAAUUUUAAUUACUCA